AUGAGUUCAUCACCCCAAGACCCACAGCAGCCACAUAUGCAACAACAACUUCAACUGCCUAUCCUCGAUCAAGAAGUUCGCCAACGAGAUGCAGCCAUGAGACGUGUGGAGUCUACCAUAGUCCAACUGGGUGAGAUCUAUCAGCAAUUCUCCUCUCUGGUUCGUGAACAAGGAGAUCUUGUUACCCGAAUAGACAGCCAAACUGAAGAGGCUGAGUUAAACAUGUCCAAACGUGCCGCGGAAAACACACCUAGCCUUCCAGAAACGGACAAGUCAAAUUCAACUGUCUCGACCGGGAUCCCAAUCAAACGGUAUUAUCGUCAACGGGCACAUUGUAAUCCAUGGUCGGAUCACACACUGGACUAUCCACCACGACCGGAGGACAUGGACUGGUCCACUCUAUACUUACCCGCGAAAAUCCCGGAUCUGUCGGGAGACUGUGUGAAUCAGGAUAGCAGCAAAUGUGAUGAUCCGGCUGCCGCGGUGGUCCGAUUUGUCGAUGUCGGAUGCGGCUACGGCGCACUGUUAUUCAAAUUGGCUCUCAAAUUUCCACACAUACGAUCACUUGGGUUGGAAAUUCGGUUAAAAGUGUCCGAUUUUGUCCAGGGUCAGUUGCACAAAAUGUUCUUUCUCUAUCCGGAUCCACACUUCAAACGAAUGAAACACAAAUGGCGCAUUAUCUCACCCACUCUCCUGGACGUCUAUGCCUAUGUGCUUGCUGUCGGUGCUCGUGUUUACGCGGCCACCGAUGUGCCCGAACUUGCCCAAUGGAUGGCCGAGUGUAUGCGCAAUCAUCCACUGUUCGAGCCACGCUACUAUUUGCACUUCAGUCCAUCCUCGGAUGGACAAUCACUGACCCUAGCCUCACCCAGUGUUGAAGUGACCGGGUUAACCCCCGGCUCAUCUUCCGCACAA